AUGCUUCCUUUAUACCUUUUGACAAAUGCGAAGGGACAACAGAUGCAAAUAGAGUUGAAGAAUGGUGAGAUCAUACAGGGCACAUUGACAAAUGUGGACAACUGGAUGAAUUUGACCCUAUCGAAUGUAACCGAAUAUAGCGAAGAAAAUGGAAUUGAUUCCGAAAACAAUGCUGACAAGAGUAAGGCUAUAAAACUGAAUGAAAUUUAUGUAAGAGGGACUUUCAUCAAAUUUAUCAAAUUGCAGGAUAACAUAAUUGAUAAAGUUAAGCAGCAAAUAAAUUCCAAUAAUAGCUCGAACAACAGCGGGCCCGGCCAUAAAAGAUUUUAUAACAGCAGAGAUUCAAACAACAACAAUAAAAAUAAUUACAACAGAAGAAGUAAUAACGGCAAUAACGGUAACCGCCGUCCCUACUCUCAGAAUCGCCAGUUCAACAACAAUAACAGUAAUAAUAACCAACAGAUGAACAGUGGUCUAGGUGGGUCUGUACAACACCAUUUUAAUGCCUCUUCUCCACAAAACGUCGAAUUUUAA